UACUCCGAAACGCAAAUGAGCCUUUCCUUUUCCGGUUGCAAUCAUGAAGAUCGAACUCUGUUCGUACAGUGGAUACAAAAUAUACCCAGGCCAUGGGAAGAAAAUGGUCAAGGCUGAUGGCAGGGUGUUCCAGUUUCUUAACAAGAAAUGUGAACGUUCCCACAACAUGAAGCGCAACCCUCGUGAGAUCAACUGGACAGUGCUGUACAGGAGAAAGCACAAGAAGGGUCAGACAGAAGAGGUUUCCAAGAAGAGGACCCGAAAGACCGCCAAGUUCCAGCGAGCCAUCACUGGUGCCACCCUCAAUGACAUCAUGGCCAAGAGGAACCAGAAGCCUGAGGUCAGGAAGGCACAGAGAGAGCAGGCCAUCAGGGCAUACAAGGAGAAGCAGAAGACAAAGGACAGUCAGAAGAAGGCUUCCAAGCCUGCUGCACCCAAGGGAGGAAAACAAACCAAGGCUUCUAAGAACAUGCCCAAAUCUAAACCUAUGGUCGGUGGCAAACGCUAAACUGUAAUAAUUGCAGGCUGAAAUAAAAAAAAAUGUAAAUAGCUAAA